AUGUCUAGUCCUUUUCUCGUUUGCUGCUUGAUAAUCACGGGGGCCCAUUUGAUAUUAGCCGAUACCAAAGAAAAACAAUAUGGCUUGGCCCAAUCACCUACAAUUAGGAAACUCGGGAAACACGAACCAGUCCCAGGCCCGAGUCCUCAUGAAGGUGUGAAGAGAGAGGAAAGUGUGGUGGCCGAGCAAGAGGCGGAGUUGGAAAACCACCACGGCCACCAUCACCACCGAGCAGAUAAAUCGAUUGCCGGUGGUGGAGUGAUAAUCGGAGGUUUAGUCACCACUUUUCUUGUAACGGUUUUUUGUUAUCUCCGGGCCACCAGAAGGAGAACUGUUGUUGCACCGGCCGGUUCACCUACCGGUACACCUCCUAGGGAAAAGGAGAGUGUUGAAUGUGGGCAUGUAAGGAUUAAUACAUGA